AAAGGAGAAGAGGACCAACAGUCCAACACCAACCAAAGAAACAAAACAAAGAGGAGGAGGAGAGCUGCAGACAAGCGAGAGAAGGCAAAUUGCUGGUGUCCCCUCCGAGUUUCCCGAUAUCGCGUCCGGGCUCUCCCUUCUUCCCCAUGUGAGUUUCUCCUCCUCGUCGGUCGUCGCCUGCACAGCACCAACCAGACGCGGAGCCGCCUCCUCCUGCCGUCCCCACGCCCGGGCCGUCGCCUUCGGAUAUGGUGGCCGCUCGCCGGAGCACCGCCGCCGCCAUCCUGCUGCUGCUGCUGCCCCUGCUCGCUGUCUGCGCCUCUUCUUCCUCUUCGUCGUCGCACCGUGGCCAAGAACAGGACAGAUCGGCGCUUCUCCAGCUCAAGAACGCCCUCCCCUCCGCCGAGCUGCUCCGCCGAUGGUCUGCGCACUCCAUCGGCACAGACCACUGCUCCUGGCCGGGGGUCACCUGCGAUGCAAAGUCCCGAGUCGUCGCCCUCCACGUGCCCCCCAGCCUCCCGCGCUCCCCACCCGGGAGCGGGAUCGCCGGCGAGCUGCCCUCGUCGGUCGGGCGCCUCACCGAGCUGAAAGAGCUCUCCUUGCCCGCCCGCGGCCUUUUCGGCGAGAUCCCUGCUGAGAUCUGGGGGUUGGAGAAGCUGGAGGUGGUCAACCUCGCCGCGAACUCGCUCCAGGGCGCCCUCCCGCCCGCCUUCCCGCGGCGGCUGAGGGUGCUCAACCUCGCCUCCAACGCGCUCCACGGUGAGAUCCCAGCCUCCCUUUGCAGCUGCACGGACUUGGAAAGGCUGGAUCUUUCCGGCAACCAGCUCAACGGGACGGUGCCAGAAGUCCUUGGUGGGCUCCUCAGGUUGAAGCAGCUCGACCUGUCCCGGAACCUUCUCGCCGGAAGCAUCCCCUCUCGUCUGGGGAGUUGCGCACAGCUCCGCUCGUUGCGCCUGUUCUCCAAUUUGUUGGACGGUUCCAUUCCGCCAGAGAUUGGAAGGCUGAGUAAGCUGCGGGUUUUGGAUGUAUCGGGUAACAGGUUGAGCGGCCUGGUGCCACUGGAGCUAGGGAAUUGCUCGGCUCUGUCGGUUUUAGUAUUGUCAAGCCAGUUUGAUGCAGUGAAAUCACACGAGUUCAAUCUGUUUGAGGGAGGGAUUCCGGGAACUGUGACAGCUCUGCCAAAGCUGAGGCUGUUAUGGGCGCCGAAGGUGGGUCUGAAUGGCAACCUCCCAAGCAAUUGGGGAAGCUGUCAUAGUUUGGAAAUGGUUAAUCUUGCAGAUAAUUUACUUUCUGGAGUAAUUCCUAGGGAGCUAGGGCAGUGUACAAACCUCAAGUUGCUCAACCUCAGCUCCAAUAGAUUGUCUGGUUCGCUUGAUAAAGAUCUUUAUCCGCAUUGUAUGGAUGUGUUUGAUGUCAGCGGCAAUGAACUGUCAGGCUCAAUUCCAGCAUCUGCGAACAAAGGUUGUUCAUCUCAGCUUUUGUUGGAUGGAAUGUCAUCUGCUUAUUCUUCACUCUUCCUAUCCCAAGCUAUAGCAGAACUAUCAUUGGGGUACUGUGACUCUGGAGAGUGUUCAGUUGUAUACCACAAUUUUGCGAAGAACAAUUUUGAUGGCUGUCUUACAUCCUUGCCUCUUAGCGCAGACAGAUAUGGACACAGGGCCAUGUAUACACUUACUCUUGAUCACAAUAAAUUCACUGGAUCAUUGGAUACAAUUCUGUUGGAACAGUGUAGUAACUUCUAUGGUUUGAUUGCCAGUUUCCGAGAUAACAAGAUAUCUGGUGAGCUCACAGAAGAAAUCAGCACAAAAUGCCAUGCCAUCCGAGUUUUGGUUCUAGCCCAGAAUCAGAUUUCAGGAGUGCUGCCUGCUAACAUUGGUUUGAUGGCUUCUCUUGUAAAGAUGGACAUCAGCAAAAAUUUGCUGGUUGGUCAAAUACCUGCCGGUUUCAAAGACCUCAAGAACUUGAAGUUUCUCUCAUUAGCUGAGAAUAAUAUCAGUGGUCACAUACCGUCCUUUUUGGGUCAGUUGAGAUCACUGGAGGUGUUAGAUCUCUCAUCUAAUUCUCUGUCUGGAAACAUUGGCGAUCUUAACCCUUCAGCAUCACUGACAGUCUUUAACAUUUCAUUCAAUAACUUGGCUUGGCCGUUGCCUUCAAAUGUACGAGCACUCAGUGAGACAGAUGGUACUCCAGAAGCUGAUAAUCAAUCCAACGAUAGCGGUGGUUUCACCAAAAUAGAGAUAGCAUCAAUAACCUCAGCAUCAGCUAUUGUUGCAGUUCUGUUGGCACUGAUCAUUCUUUACAUUUACACUCGAAAAUGUGCAUCAAGACCAUCAAGGCGGUCUCUUAGGAGAAGGGAAGUGACUGUUUUUGUGGAUAUUGGUGCUCCUUUGACAUAUGAGACCGUCGUACGCGCUGCUGGCAGUUUUAAUGCAAGCAAUUGCAUCGGAAGUGGUGGCUUUGGAGCAACAUACAAAGCUGAGAUUGCACCAGGCAUUCUGGUGGCAAUAAAGAGGCUCGCUAUUGGAAGGUUCCAAGGUAUUCAGCAGUUCCAAGCAGAAGUGAAAACUCUCGGGAGGUGUCGCCAUGAUAAUCUUGUAACACUCGUAGGGUACCACCUUAGUGAUUCAGAGAUGUUUCUAAUAUAUAAUUUUCUGCCCGGUGGUAACUUGGAGAGGUUCAUACAAGAAAGGACAAAGAGACCAAUUGACUGGAGAAUGCUUCACAAAAUUGCUCUAGAUGUUGCACGUGCACUUGCAUACCUUCAUGAUAAUUGUGUCCCACGUAUUCUGCAUCGGGAUGUGAAACCAAGCAACAUCUUGCUCGACAAUGAGUACACUGCAUACCUCUCUGAUUUUGGAUUGGCAAGACUACUUGGGAACUCGGAAACUCAUGCAACCACUGGUGUCGCGGGUACUUUUGGAUAUGUUGCUCCAGAGUAUGCGAUGACUUGCCGUGUUUCUGAUAAGGCUGAUGUGUAUAGCUAUGGAGUUGUACUGCUUGAACUUAUUUCAGACAAGAAGGCACUGGACCCUUCUUUUUCUCCAUAUGGGAAUGGAUUCAACAUAGUUGCCUGGGCUUGCAUGCUUCUGCAGAAGGGCCGAGCUCGUGAGUUCUUCAUAGAAGGGCUGUGGGAUCUGGCUCCGCAUGAUGACUUGGUUGAGAUCCUACACCUUGGUAUCAAGUGCACGGUUGAUUCUCUUUCUUCUAGGCCCACAAUGAAGCAAGUUGUUCGGCGACUAAAGGAACUCAGACCUCCGUCUUACUAGAAAUUGCAAUUCUGCUAUGACAUGUCUCAAGAAAGAGAGUAAGAAAGCAAUGGUAGCAUUUGGAGGGAUGAAUUCGUUGACCCUGAUCAGAUGAUUUGCUAUUACAGCUGUUGAGCAUUCUGAUUGACCAAAUUAGUGGUCACGGUAUCCACAUGUCAUUCUCGCGGGGUCAUGCAAUCUUCGCCCAGUGCCAAGUACAAUGAUUGGGUUAUGGCACGGCAAUAUUGGAACCACUGAAUGCCUGUCUGACUGAGGAAGUUCUGCGUGCCUAACAUGACCUCAUUACUGAUAUCGAUUCGUGUAUCAAGAUAGCAUGUCAGAGUGCAUAAGACUUGGUCAAUGGCUCCUCCUUGGGACGAGGAGACAGAUACUAAGAAAACAUAAUUUGACAGGAAGAUCAUGUGAGAUGAUGUGAAGCUCAUCAUUCUGCACGGUGGUGGUUCAGAGUAGCGAUUUUCUCUAAUCGCCAGUUGGUUGACUUGGCCUUUGUAAAUAUAUGGGUUCGUACUCUUUGGCUCUUUGCAACUGACUGAUAAUUGGAAAGAUGUUAUACUAGUAUAUAUGAAUGAGAAUGAAUGGCCACAAAAGCGUGUUUUUGA